AUGACCGCCACUGACUUUGUGGAUAUCACAACUAACUUUGUUGAUGAUGAGUCUUUGGGCCUUAUUAGGAAUUCAGUUUCUACUGUGAGACCAAAGCCCGAAGUGAAAAAAUCGAGUACAAAAGUCUCGUGGCAAAGAGGUAGUUAUUCCAAGGAAGCCGUUUUCGACAACGUUCCAAAAUAUGUAUCGUUUAUGGUUAAUCUCGCUUUCUCCGUCAUGUUCUUCUGUGGUUACUUUGUUGAUUGGCUGAAGAACAAGAAGGUCUUGAGUGUGCCUAAAGCAACAGAUGAUCCACGUACUAAGAACUUUCCUCGUCUUGAUAAUUAUUUUGAAAACAUUUACAUUAACCAUAUUUAUCGCAAGUCUAGCGACGUAAUAGGAAGAGCAGUGUGUAGUGUUCCUGGAAGUGUUCUCACUUUGAAGGAUAGAGUCUCUGAUAACUAUGGAUGGUCCUUCAGGUAUACUGGGAAAAAGCAGAAGGUUAUAAACUUGGGCUCCUAUAAUUAUCUUGGUUUCUCACAUAAUGACGGGGACUGUGCACAGAGUGCAGUUGAUUUCAUCGACAAAUAUGGUCUUCACAUUGGAAGCACACCUCAUGAGCGUGGAUCUCACUCAGCUCACAGGGAAAUGGAACGUUGUAUUGCAACAUACUUAGGCACUGAAGAUUCUAUUUGUUUCCCUAUGGGUUUCGGUACGAACGCCAUGAACAUCCAUGCAUUAGUAGAUAAGGGUUCACUUAUUCUUAGUGAUCGUUUGAAUCAUGCUUCUAUUGUGUUAGGUUGUCGGAUUUCCGGAGCUACUAUCAAAACCUUCAAACAUAAUGAUGCUGAAGACUGUGAGAGAGUUCUUCGUGAGAAUGUCAGCUCAGUGAGUCCCAAAACAAAGAAACCUUAUAAUAAGGUUCUGAUUGUCAUCGAAGGAAUAUACAGUAUGGAAGGCACCAUCGUUAAUCUUCCUGGAUUCAUUGAAGUGAAAAAGAAGUAUGGUGCUUAUCUCUUUUUGGAUGAGGCUCACAGUAUUGGUGCUGUUGGUCCUUCUGGAAAGGGAGUUACUGAGUACUGGGGUUGUGACUCUCGAGACAUUGACAUCAUGAUGGGUACAUUCACAAAAAGUUUUGCUGCCACAGGAGGAUACAUGGCUGGAAAGAAAACCACCAUUGAUUAUAUAAGACAAUGCUCUAGUGGGCCAUGCUAUGGAAUUGGCAUGUCGCCUCCUGUGAUCGCUCAAAUUAUGAGUAGUAUGAGAAUCAUGUUGGGUCAGGAUAAUACCGACAUUGGAAUCACCAAGUGUCAUAACCUCCUCCGCAACUCGAGAUACUUCCGUAAGAGACUUCGUCAGAUGGGUUUCCUUAUUUACGGUCAUGACGACAGUCCAGUUGUUCCACUCUUGACGUACUACAUCACGAAAGUUGUCAUGUUCUCAAGAAGCAUUCUCGAGAGAAAUGUCGGAGUUGUUGCUGUCGGAUUUCCCGCGACUUCCAUCGAUAAGGCUAGAAUUCGGUUUUGUCUUAGCGCAGACCACACGAAGGAACAACUAGAUUACGUUCUUGACAUGGUCGAUCAAGUUGGAGACGAAACAAAUACUAAAUAUGGACAACCCGAAUUUCAGGGUGAAAUUAUAGAAUAUUAA